AAGAACCUUCGCAUCCGGAGAGCAUCAAGCAACGAACCUACCCAGGCGUCGCGACAACGCGUCGCACCCUAUAAAACCCGCCCUCCGUCGCCACUCCGCGAUGGCCGCUUCCUCCGUCCGCUGCAGAGCGUCGUCGUCGGUGCUCUCCUCCGCCGCCGCCGCCGCCGCACGGCGGGGCCUUCCCUUCGUCGGCGCGUUCUGCGUGCUCAGCUUGGGGUUCUCCACCGCCGCCCUCUCGUUCUCCUCCUCUUCCUCCUCCUCCCUCAGGACGGGUUGCGCUCAGUCCCUCCCCUUCGUCCCUCUCCUGAGAUCGAAGUUUCGAGCACCGUUUAGAGGCGUGCAUUCGGCUAAGAUGGAGGGGAGUCAGGGGAGCGGCAACACGGUGCCGAGUAUCGUCGUUUACGUCACGGUUCCGAACAAGGAAGCAGGAAAGAAGUUGGCUGAGAGCAUAAUCAAAGAAAGGCUCGCGGCAUGCGUGAAUAUAGUACCGGGUAUCCAAUCAAUUUACCAUUGGCAAGGAAAGAUUGAGACAGAUUCCGAGGAACUGCUAAUAAUCAAGACAAGAGAAUCACUGCUAGAGCCUCUGACCCAGCAUGUCAAGGCAAACCACGAAUACGAUAUUCCAGAAGUGAUUGGCUUGCCCAUCCUGGGUGGCAAUGUUCAAUACCUGGAAUGGAUCAAGAACAGCACCAGAGACUAAGUUUUAAGGUGGGGGAGGCAUUCUGGCUGCAUCAGUUUGCUUUUGAUUUUCCAUGUGUAUACUCUCUCUCUCGUGACUUUCUCUGAAUUACUAUGGGCAUGUGUUUACCAAGCUUUGCUAUAUGUUUGCAAUCUGAUGAGUUGUGAAUAGACUUUGGGGCACACCCUAUGAAAUUAACAUGCAUUGCUACCUAAUAAUGCCUGGCCUUAUUGCAA